AGGCUGUUUAUAGUAUAGGGGAAUAUCGAUCUAAGCAUUAUAGAUCAUGCUUCGCUUGGAAGCAGCCAAUAUAGGAAUAUUUAAUGAUAAUUCCAUUCCAGUGUUACAGUUCCAAUACAGAAUGGUAUUCCGGCACAUAUCGACGUUCUCAGACUAUCAGAAGAUAUAGCAACUGUGGAUAAUACACAUCACUUGGAAAGAGGGAGUGGAAUACUCGACCCUCUGCGUUAUGACUGAUAAAAGCGAACAGCGGGAGAAAAUAAUGUCGUCAUUCAGCAAGGCUUGCGCUGAGUUAUCAAACAGCAUCAAAGGCUUCCGGCUGACCAGGAGUCGGGAAAACUCUACAAGUAGUAGCAGUGUUGGCGGUGGAAGCGCCACUAGCCCUAACGGCACUAGCAAAGAUGCAAUGAACAAUACAGUUAUGGUGACAAUCAACGGCAAGGUACCAAGCCCUAAUGGUAAGGUCCCUCAACAAACACAGGCAAUCAGCCCAACAUCCAUAUCAACUAAACCAAGGAAGUAUGACCUUAAUGGAUACAUUCCAAAACAUGGACAACUCACUCAAGAUGACAUGUGGACGGAUCAAUAUUUCACAUCGAAGUUAUUCUGGUAUUUUUCCACUUGUGAACGAUGUACUUUAGCUCAGGUGUCAGAGAAAUGGAGGGAUGUAUUGUACAGACCGGAGUAUUGGCUAGGGGUGACACCAGUGUUAAAUUUCAAAGACAUCAAAGAUGAUUCUACAAGAAAGAAAUUCUACGCUAGUUUCCUACAGAGAGGGUUUGAUUCUAUAGGUCUCUACGGGGCAACUGAUAACGAUCUCAUCAGUUUUAUCACAGAUUUUCCAUAUUCCAGAAAACACAUUCGUUCCCUGGCUCUCCGGUGCUCGAACAUCACCGACCAGGGGCUAGAAUCAAUGUUAGAAAAGAUGCAGUGUGUGUAUAGGCUAGAACUAUCAGGGUGUAAUGAACUCACAGAGCCGGGAUUGUGGUCAUGUUUGAAUUCUAAAAUUGUCUCACUCAGUAUCAGUGACUGUAUCAACGUUGCGGAUGAUACCAUAGCAGCAAUUUCCCAACUUUUGCCCUCAUUGUAUGAACUCAACAUCCAGGCGUAUCACGUCACUGAUGGUGCUAUGGCCUACUUCAGUGCCAAGCAAAGCUACACGCUCAAUAUUCUUCGUUUGACAUCUUGUUGGGAAAUCACCAACCAUGGAAUAGUGAACCUGGUCCACUCGCUGCCUAAUCUGACCACCAUCAGCCUCAGUGGUUGCAGCAAGAUUACAGAUGAUGGAAUCGAAGUGAUAGCAGAGAAUCUCCGAAAGCUCAGGUCCCUUGAUUUAUCCUGGUGUUCACGCAUUACAGACGCCUCGCUAGAAUAUAUCGCUUGUGACCUGGGGCAACUAGAAGAACUUACGCUUGACAGAUGUAACAACAUAACAGAUGUGGGAGUUGGUUACCUGUCUACCAUGACAAGUUUAAUACGACUCUACCUCAGGUGGUGUACACAGAUACGAGACUUUGGCCUGCAGCACAUUCUUACUAUGAAGAAUCUCAGGAUCCUGUCUCUUGCAGGUUGUACACAGUUGACUAACACUGGUGUGUCAAGUCUAGUACAGAUGAGGUAUUUGGAGGAACUAGAGCUUACAAACUGUGGCCCAGGGGCAAGCAAGGAGGUCUGUCAGUACCUGAGAGACAACAUGUACAAGUGUCUCAUAUUAGAAUAACCCACCUACCACCCAAGCUACUACCAGGCCCAUGGACAUGAACGUGUUCCUGAAGUGACUCUGGUGUUUCUGCAUUGAACUGGAAGAGCAUAUCAAUGCCAGUCACAUAAAGUUCUAUUAGGAAAUAUACAGUAAUAUUGUACAUUCCCUGUAAAUCUGUGCAAUAUCACACGAGUAAUGUGACAUUGGUAGAGUUGGCAGUUCAAUAACACUUUCAAGCCUUUUGGAAGCCAGAUCAUAAUAAGUAACAGAUCUGUUGUAAGAUAAUUGUUUGCAUCACAGGAAGAUCUGAAUAUGGGAAUACACUAGCAAGUACAACAAAUAAGGGAAUGAUUGCUAUGGAGUACAAUAAACACUAAGAAGUACAAUUAGCAUUAGGGAAUAAAAUGAGCACUAGGAAAUAGAAUGAUCACU